CAACGCCGCGCCAUGGAGCGGUACGAGAAGCUGAGCAAGGUCGGGGAGGGCUCCUACGGCGUCGUCUUCAAGUGCCGCAACAAGGAGACCGGUCAGAUCGUGGCCAUUAAGAAGUUCUUGGAGUCCGAGGAGGACCCGGUGAUCAGGAAGAUCGCCCUGCGGGAGAUUCGUAUGCUGAAGCAACUGAAACACCCCAACCUGGUGAACCUGCUGGAAGUGUUCAGGAGGAAGCGGAGGCUGCAUCUGGUCUUCGAAUACUGCGACCACACAGUUCUCCAUGAGCUGGACAAGCACCCCCGGGGGGUGCCGGAGCAUCUAGUGAAGAGCAUAACCUGGCAGACCCUCCAAGCUGUGAACUUCUGCCAUAAACACAAUUGCAUCCACCGCGAUGUAAAGCCAGAAAACAUCCUGAUAACAAAGCACUCUGUCAUCAAACUUUGUGACUUUGGAUUUGCUCGCAUACUGACUGGUCCGAGUGAUUAUUACACAGACUAUGUGGCUACCAGGUGGUACCGCUCUCCGGAGUUACUUGUGGGAGACACCCAGUACGGCCCUCCCGUGGACGUGUGGGCGAUAGGCUGUGUCUUUGCAGAGCUGCUAUCUGGGGUCCCCCUGUGGCCUGGCAAGUCUGAUGUCGACCAGCUGUACCUCAUCCGGAGAACCCUGGGGGAUCUUAUUCCCAGGCACCAGCAAGUGUUCAGCACCAACCAGUUCUUCAGUGGGGUAAGAAUUCCAGACCCAGAGAGCAUGGAGCCGUUAGAAAUGAAAUUCCCUAAUACUUCAUACUCUGCUUUAGCUCUCAUGAAGGGUUGCCUUCGUAUGGACCCUGCAGAGAGGCAGACAUGUGAGCAGCUGCUGCAGCACCCCUAUUUUGACAGCAUUAGGGAGGCAGUGGAGCUGGGGAAAGAACAUGAAAAAACAGCUCGGAAACCAGCCAGGCUGACUCGGAAGCACGUGCCAGGGUUACAGUACCUGCCUCAGUUAACCAGUAGUAACGUUCUGCCAGCUUUGGACAGCAAGAAGUACUGCUGCAAAACAAGGAAAUCAAACUACCAUUUCCCUAACAUCUAACCGGAUGGCAGAUUAAAAGCUAUUUAUUGUUCAAAGUUCAAGUCAUUCAGAAUUUAUAAAAGGAGGAUACGUCGUGGGGAAACUAAAUUAAUAUGUGUUAGGACAUAUACAAAAGUGGUCUGAAAAGUAACGUACUCUGGGUCAGCAAUGGAAGGAAAGUGAUGUACGGGGGGAACUCCAAGCUCACCUUAGUCAGUGUUCUGUGUACAAAGGAAAAUAUAUUUGUUUUGCUUUAAUUUGUGAUUGCAUACUGGUUGGUGAUUGUAUACUGGUUCAGGAUUACUGCAACCCCUUGUUUACAGCGUGAAUUUAAAAACUCCUGCCUGUCUAUCACCUGUAUUUCAGACUUGGCAGAAGAACUGCAACCUUGCCAAACAAAUCAGAGUCCCACUGUGUCAAAACAGCAAUACUGCUUUAGACUGGGGCUAGGCCACUGAUCCCGCCAGGAACUGUAAACGUAUUGCCGAUGCGAGUAGAAGACAGAUGUACGUGCUUGUGGAGCCAAGCCGGGUGAGAGGCUACCUAACUGCUCCGGUUAGUUAUAAACUUGCUGAAAUAGCACUGCUUUAAAGAUACAUCUGUCUUACGGACUGCAUUUAUAGAUUGCAAAGUAUUAAAAGUACUGGUAAUGACUUAGACUUAAUGGAAGGUUUAACAGGCACGGUUACGAGGAAAACAUUUUGAUAAUAAAACCUGUUGUUUCUUGAGUCUUUUCAGAGUUUCUCCUGCCUGUUUCUUCCUUGCAUUAUGAGGUUGGUUUUGUUUGCUGUUUCUGUCAAUAGUGAAGUCACUUGCCUGUAGCGUUACAGAAAUUGUUUUUAUCAAAAGUAAUUAACUCAUGAAUAUAAUUUAUAACAUUGGCCAGACACAGGCAGGAAUUCUACCUAAGCAUAUGUAUUAGAAUGAUUCUUGGGUUUUGAGUCAUCUCAGGAUGUAAUAUUGUGUUGAUUUUGAAUAAAAGAAGUGUAGCUUGUUUUUCCAGUUUA